AUGUUCAGUGUUGCUUCUUGUUCUCAAUAUUGUCUUAAUGGAGCAGUUUGCACAAAGACAGGAUUUUGUGACUGUGAGACAUUUCAGGCACAGGGGAAGCGCUGCCAAAUCAUUCCAAAUACUGGCAAAGACAGAGGUGGGAUUUGCAAAUCAUGGGGACAAUACCACUUUGAAACAUUUGAUGGCAUCUACUACUACUUCCCAGGAAACUGCUCAUACAUUUUUGUGAAAGAUUGCAGUAAUCCAGAACCUCAGUACACUGUGUGGAUUAAUAAUAGCCCUCACUGUGCUGGUUCAGUGUACUCCUGUUUACGGUCAAUAAGCUUGUUCUUUUCAAAUCAGGAUGAAAUACACAUAUCGGGACAUGAGGUUAGAAAGGGUAGAAUCAGGUUGUCUUUGCCCCAAACAAUUGGAAAUAUUUUCAUUGAGAAAUUAGCAAAUUAUAUUUUGGUGAAAACUACAUUUGGCUUUUCCUUAGCUUGGGAUGGAAACUCUGGGAUUUACAUUAAAUUGACAGAAGAACACAAGGGAAAAACAUGUGGUCUCUGUGGAAAUUAUAAUAACGACACAUCGGAUGAUCUCAUAUUACAAAGUAGUGACUAUAAAGAAGAUAUAGCUAAAUUUGCUAAUAGCUGGGCUGUACAAAUCCCAGAUGAUGCAACCUGCAUACCUAUUACAUCUAGUUUUCCUAGUCCUUGCAACAUUGAUACGGAAUCUUAUGAGAGUAUCUACCUUAAGUGCCAAAUACUCCUGCAGUUUCCUUUUCUAAGUUGUCAUCAAAGCAUAGAUCCUUAUCCCUACAUUUCCAGCUGCAUGAAUGACCUAUGUAGAAAGGAUGAUGAUGAAACUUAUUGCCGAGCAGUAACAGAAUACACUCGCUCAUGUUCACAUGCAGGUUAUCCUAUUAGAGAUUGGAGAGAUGAUUUUCCAGCCUGUACUGACAAUUGUGAAGAUACUUUUCUCCAUCGGGAUUGUAUUAGUUGUUGUCCACCAACCUGUACUUUUGAGAAAGACUGUCUAGGUAGUAAUCUCCAUUGCUUAGAUGGAUGCUAUUGCCCAGAUGGCCUUAUAAUGAACAAUGGAACUUGUAUUUCUGCAUCAGAUUGCCCAUGUGUUUAUCAUGGGACAGCCUUCCCUGUAGGUUCAACAAUUGAACAAGAAUGUAGUAACUGCAUUUGUAUGAGUGGUGCUUGGAACUGCACUGAACAUGAUUGCCCAGCUGAAUGUUCAAUUGUUGGUGAAUCCCAUUUCACAACUUUUGAUGGUCGCCAUUAUACCUUUCUUGGGAGCUGUCAAUAUAUUUUGGUAAAAGGCACCGGGAAAGACAAAUUCACACUCACUUUACAGAAAAGUCCCUGUGGACAAAGCAUUGAUUAUGACUGCAUUCAGUCUUUGACGGUAAUUUUUGAAGAUGAUAUAAGCAAGCGAGUGACUCUCAUCCGGGGUGGUGAAAUACAGUAUGGAUCCUUCAGCCAGGGAUUCACCCUAAAUGGAUAUGUGGAAGUACAGAACCUGUCUUCAUUGUUUGUGCAGCUAAAAACUAAAUCUGGUUUAAAAAUCCAGUUUGCUAAAGAUGGCAAAAGAAUAUAUAUUCAGCUCAGAGCUGAGUGGAAGAGCAGAACUAUGGGUCUCUGUGGAACUUAUAAUGGAAAUCUGAGAGACGAUUUUCUUUCUCCAUCAGGAAUGAUUGAAGGAACCCCACAACUUCAUGCUAAUGCAUGGAAGAUUUCUUCAGCAUGUCACAUGCCUGUCAAUGUUCCUGUAGUUGACCCUUGCAACAUUAACCAACAAAAUGUUGCAUAUGCAUCCCAGUGUGAUCUCAUCAAUCAAGAACUCUUUGCUCCAUGUCACAUAUAUAUCAGUCCAGAUUUAUAUUAUCAGCUAUGUCGCUUUGAUGCUUGUAAAUGUGGGAGAAGUUGCUUGUGCAAUGCAUUUGCACACUAUGCUUAUAUUUGCAGCAAGCAUGGGAUUACUAUAGAUUUCAGAUCUCAUGUUUCAUACUGUGCAUUAGUAUGCCGAAGUGGAAUGCUGUAUCACCCAUGUUCCUCCUUCUGUGAACACUCCUGUUCUUCCCUUUCUCUUCGGGAUGAUUGUGAUAAUGACUGUGCUGAAGGCUGUAACUGCCCUGAAGGAAAAUAUUUUGAAGAAUCUAUUAAUUUUUGCGUGCCAAUGAUUAGCUGUCGCUGUUAUUAUAAAGGCAGAAGUCUUCAACCCGGAGAAAUUUUGCCCACAUCGUCGGGAUCAUGUCAAUGUCUAAAUGGAACAAUGAAAUGCAAUGAAGCAGCAGCUGUUCCAGCAGUGCACUCAUGUCCUGAUGGAAAGAUCUACUAUGACUGCCAAUCUCAUGUUCUUGGCUUGCCAUCAGCUGAAAUAAACUGUGAACUAACAUGUACAAAUAUUGCUAUGAACUUUACCUGUACACCUUCACCACCAUGUUUGAAUGGUUGCAUCUGUCCCCCUGGGAUGGCAGAUCAUAAAGGAAAAUGUUAUGUGCCUGAUAGUUGUCCAUGCAUGUGGAAGGAUUGGGAGUAUAUGUCAGGUGAAGUGAUAGCUACCCCUUGUUAUACAUGUAUUUGCCGACGUGGCAUAUUUAAUUGUACAUACUAUCCUUGUCCUGCUGUGUGUACAGUCUAUGGAGAUCGGCAUUAUUAUACCUUUGAUGGGCUAGAAUAUGACUAUGUGAGUGACUGUCAAAUUUAUUUGAUAAAGAGUGUUGACAGUUCAAACUUGUCUCUAAUUGUUCAAAAUAAGAAGUGCUUCGAUAAUGACAUCGUUUGUUCAAAAGAUUUGUUGCUAACUAUUGGAGACUCUGAAAUUUUUUUCAGUGAAUCUCUAGACAUAGAGGGGAUGCUAAGGAGACAUGGAGAGAAAUCCAAGUAUCAAGUUUGGAAAGCUGGAUAUUAUGUAGCAAUACAUUUUCCAGAGGAAGAGUUCACGGUACUGUGGGACAGGAAGACGACAAUGCAUAUCAAAGUUGGAGCUCGAUGGAAGGGUAAAUUAGCUGGUUUAUGUGGAAAUUUUGAUAAAUUUACUUCAAAUGAUCUUACUACAUCCAACAAUAUGGAAGUAAAAAAUGCUCAAAUUUUUGGAGACAGUUGGGCAAUAGGACAGUGUGCAAGUCCAAAUGAGACCAACAAACAAUGUGAAGUUCAUCAGAGCAAGUUCCCCUAUGCCAAAAAAGAAUGUUCAGUUUUAUAUAGUGAUGUUUUUGCCUCUUGCCGUAAUGUGAUUGAUGUAACAUCAUUUGUGAAAAACUGUCAUACAGAUACAUGCAACUGUAAUCUUGGUGGGGACUGUGAAUGUCUGUGCACUAGCAUUGCAGCUUAUGCUCACAAAUGUUGCCAGCAGGGUGCAGUAAUUCACUGGCGAUCUCCUUCUCUCUGUCCUUACGACUGUGAUUAUUACAACCAAGAACUUGGGAAAGGGCCUUAUAUUUUGGCCAGUUAUGGACAGAAUGAUACAGUUAUAGGAAUCAAUGUUAUCAGCAAAAAGAUCUUUCCUUUAUCUAGAAACAAUCUCCAAGAAAAAGUAUAUUAUAAUUUUAUGCUAACUCCUGGACUUUACAAAGAUAAAAUUUUAUCUUCAUCUCUGAUUUCACUUGAGUGUGCAGAAAGGCCAAACUACUUUCUUUAUGUACACAAUGAGAACAACAUUUUCUUAGCACAGUGGGAUGCAAGUUUGUCAUUUCGUAGAAGAACGACUUUUAUCCAUCACCAAGGACUUUGGAUCUCUAGUUACAAUACAUUUGAACUUCACAGCAAAAGAGGUUUCUUCCUUACACUUAGCACUUCAGCAGUGAAAAUCUCAAAGUUUGAUGGUACUGAAGAAUUCAAAAGAUUAAGUAGCUUCAGUAUUGAGGAACUCCAUGCAGCAAUACCUUACAGGAGGAUGUGUGAAUGGAGAUAUGAACCUUGCACAAGUCCUUGUGUUAAAACAUGCAAUGAUCCUGAAGGAACAGCAUGCAAAUUUCUUCCACCGGUUGAAGGAUGCUUACCAUUUUGUCCAAAAGCUAUGAUCCUAGAUGAAGUCACACUUAAAUGUGUUUAUCCAGAAGAUUGUAUUGCUGUGAAACCAGCAGAAUCUUCAUUUGGAACCAAACCAGUUAUAACAAACCCUACAAUGUUAAGUUCCCAGAUAACAAAUAUAUCAGAAACAUUUUCUCAAAUGCCAAUUACAUUGGUUAUUGAAGAGACUGAGCCAACCUAUGUUAACUUAUAUACCAAAAUCACAACUGAACCAACAACUGCCAAAGAUGCUUAUUCAACAAUUGUAUCUCAUUCAAUCAUGCAUUUACCUGAUUUGUCACCAAGUUCAGAAUUAUUAUCUGAAGACAGCUACAAAACAACCACCCCACCUAUGCUGUUUAGAUCUCUGUCAACAACUUUCCCAACUACUUAUGAAGCUCCAAUAGUUACUGUAAAAACAAUAUCCUACAAUAAAACUUAUAAUUUCUCUUCAUCAAGUAAUCCUGCACUUACUGCUCUACCAUCAGUGACUGCUUUUCCUUUACUAACUAAGUCAACGACACUAUUGGAAAUUGCAGUUCCUUCUUCGGUGGUAGCUAGAACUCUUCCAACUUCCACAGUACUGACAGAUUUACCUUUAACACAAACAUUUGCUGUAACUUCUGGAAUUAGUUCUUAUCUGUCUACAUUUACAACAACUAUGUCUCCAAUUCCCGAAUCAUCUACUAGUUUUACUUCAUUUGUAUCAAAUCCUCUUCAUAGUACUUCAGAUUCAGAAACUAUUCAAUCAGAUUUGAAAUUGAUAAAUAAAACAUUAACACCUAUAUCUGUAUCAUCACAAAAAGCACCUCUGACACCUUCUGAACAUAUUGCUUCCUUAACCACAAAACAUUUUUCUGAUGUAAUUUGUAAAACAACUUCAGUUGUGACACAAAGUCCUUUUCCCAUAAAAUCAUCUUUUAGUCUCCAACUAACCCAUACAACAUCAACAUUAAUGCCUCCUCCAAUUACAUCUCAAAGGCCCAAAGGUACUGGGGAAGUGACACUUAUUUCAAAGAGCUUUCAUUUAAGACCUUCUACAGUUUCUCUCCUAGCAGUUCUUCAGACUACCAAAUCAUCUGAGACAAGUUCAGUUUCAGCAGAAAGUAAACAUGUGUUGCAUGCAGAUUCAACUCCAAUUCCAACUGACUUUAUAACUUUGUCAGAGUUUGCUGAUACUAGGGUGCCAAGCAGUAUUCCUAUUAAGAUUUCACAGGAUGAAGCACAAAUAACUUAUGAACCAUUUGGUUCAUAUCCAGAAUCAGAAAUUGCAUCAAUAGUUAAAAAUGUUGAUACUUUUACUACUUCAUCUUCAAAAACCUCUUCUAAAAUGUUGACAAUAACAGCUUCUACUCCUCAGAUUUCUGUUACAGCAUCACAUUCUGGAAAUUUAUCAUCAGUUUCUAUCACUUCUGCUGUAGCAUCAACUAGCACUGAUAUAAAAAUGCCUGCUAUAUCACUAAAUGAUGAUUUGAGCUCAACAAACUCAACUUUAAUUACAAAUCUUUCCACUAUACAUACUAUGUCUUCAGUUUCUUUAACUACUUUUGAUGAAUCAGCCAUAUAUUUGGGAACAAGAAGGCCUUCUUUGACUUCUUCAACGGAUAGCAGAACUUUAUCAUCCUUAACAGAUGUCCAGUCUGUAGAACCAGCAAUAGAAUCAACUUUGACUCUGGGCAAACUUUGGAAUGUUACAUCAACUCCUCAAGAUAUUAUUGAAAAGUACUCAACCAGCCCCUCAGUUUCUUCUGCUGGCACAAUAGCUCCUCACAAAAUUGCUGAAGUCACUGAAUUUUCUCCUAUACAUUUUGAUUUUCACACAACUACUACUUCAAUCCCUGUUCCUGCUGUCUCCCAAGCAUCCAUUUAUGUUCCAAAUGUUUCUGUCUUUACACCUAAACCAUGCAAAGACUGUCUACAAACCAAGCCCUUAGAAAUGGAUAAAGUUUCAGACUGGGUCAAAACAGAAAUAAUCCAGGCUUCAAAAUUUCAAAAUAUAACAAGCACAUUGUAUGCCUUAAAAAGUAAUAAAACCUCAGAGGAAAACAUCACAAAGUAUGCAAGGUCUGAAAAGCCAUCUUUACUACCUGUUCAGUUAGCUGUGUCUUCUAGUCAAAGCAGCACAACUUCAGUAAAACCAGUUACUUCUUCUGAGGUGACAAAUAUAACAUUUGAUUGGUCUAGGAUUCCAUCAACAAAACCUUACUAUGGUGUGAAUAAACCAGAGGAAGUAAGUAUCAUCAGCUCACAGAAUUUCACAAUAACAGAUUCGUCUCAAGUCACUGCAAAACUUGUGGAAACCCAAUCCACAGAGGCUGAAGUUGAAAUGACAACAAAGAGUGAUGAACACCCUUCAUUUGGCACAAUAAUACAUACACUUGUAUCUGUGGCAUCUUCAGAAUGCAUGCCAAGAUACCUUGAUCCUAUAGACAAAUGUAGCCAGUAUGUCUGCAUUAACAUGGAAUGGAUGCUGUACAAUAUUUCAAGGAACUGCUAUAAGAAUGUGAAAAAACCUGACUGUGGUUUUCGAGGGAUGCCAGUUCAGAUCAACAGCGACAACUGCUGUCCUGAAUGGGAAUGUCCUUGUCAGUGUUCUAUUCUCUCUGAACUGAGUAUCAUUACAUUUGAUGGAAAUAAUGUAGCACUAUAUAAAGUAGGAUCUUAUAUUUUAGUCAAAUUACCCACAGAAAUUAUUGUGGCUCAUAUUGAAAAAUGCCCAGCUAAUCAGAGUACAAAUUCAAUAAGAAAACUAGUCCCAUCCGGAAGUGCUUCUGGUCUUUGUUUUAAAAAACUUAAUGUAACAGUAUCACCAUAUGCAGUACUUAUUAACCGCUUAGCAAGAAAGGUAAUUGUGAAUUCUAUAAUCCAACCUUUGCCUUUCUCGCAAGAUGGCAUAUGUAUUCAGGACACUGGAGCUAUGUAUGUAAUCAACACACCAGCUGGAAUCAGUAUUAAAUGGGCUCAUGUUACAGGCAUUAUGGACAUCCAAUAUGGCUUUAACUCGAACGUAUCUACAAAGACAGAAGGGCUCUGUGGUGUCUGCAAUGGUGAUCCUUCUGAUGACUUGAAAAUGAAAAAUAGGACAAUAAUUACAAAUAUGGAAGAAGUUGAAAUGUUUAUCAAAAGUUGGGAAAUUGAGAAAUCUUUUGAUGUAACAACAAGAAGACCCAUUAGAAAUUGCACAGAGGAUAAUUGUACAUAUUGUAUGGAACUCUUACAGAAGUGGGUUUUUGCACCUUGUCACAAAAAAGUCUCACCACAAGAUUUUUGUGAAAAAAUGUGGGUUAACAAUACCUAUUUUGAAAAUUAUGAAUGUGAUGCACUUUCUGCAUAUGUAGCACUAUGUAACAAGCAUAAUAUCUGCAUUAAGUGGAGGACACCAGAUUACUGUUGGCUUGCUUGUCCUGAUGGGAAAGAAUAUCACCCUUGUGUGCAGCCCUGUGAUGCAAAAACGUGCCUAAAUAAAUGGUUUUAUGAGGAAUCAUCAUGUUCCUAUUUAAGAGAAGACUGUGUUUGCAAAAAGGGGACUAUUCUUCAUAGAACAGACUCUGACCUUUGCAUUCCAGAAGAAAAAUGUGCCUGUUCAGAUAACGAAGGGCAUCCUCACUCUAUUGGGGAGAUUUGGAUUGGCUACAAUAAAGGAUGCUGCAUGUAUAAGUGCAUGGAAAAUGGGAGCAUUAUUGAUACAGAGCCUGAAUGUGAUAAGCAGCCACCUCCAAUAUGUGAUAGAGAGGCUGAAGUGAUUGUCAGUGUAAUUGAAGAACAAACUUGCUGUCCAAAAAAUAUCUGUGAGUGCAACAUGACUCUAUGUACCCCUAUUAUCCCGAUAUGCAAAAGUACUGAGAAGCUAACACUCAGAUAUACUCCUUUCUCCUGUUGUCCUCAAUACCAGUGUGAAUGUGAUAUAUCAGCAUGUCCCAAUGUUACUCGUCCAGAAUGCCGAGAAGAUCAGUUUAUUGUGGAAGUGAAAUUGGAUGACACGUGCUGUUUCUCCCAUUUGUGUGUUUGUGAAUCUUGCAUUGAACCUAUUCCAGAAUGCAAUGAAGAAGAACUUCUUGCAGUAGAUCUUAGUACUGCACAUUAUUGUUGUCCUCAUUAUCACUGUGUAUGUGAAGAGAAUCUGUGUCCUACACCUCUUACGAAUUGCUCUGCUGAUAUGAAACUGAUGAAAAAAAGCAUACCUGGACAGUGUUGCCCAGACUGGAAUUGUGAAUGUGAUUGUGAGAAUGGUACUGUACCAAGCUGUAAGUUGGGUGAAGUUUGGAAAAUAAGUGCUAAUGCUUCUACUACAUGUGGAUGUCCACAUUACAUUUGUGAAAAAGAAAAUGUCUGUAUAUUCCAAGAAGUCACUGUACUGAACCCGGGUCAGACAUUGAUUCAAUAUUUGGAUGGAGAACUUUGUUAUAUGGCAAAGUGUUCACAAGAAAGAGACCUUAACACAGGAUUCCACACUAUAAAUCUGGCAGUAGUUAAUUGUUCCCAAAAAUGUGAAGCACAUCAAGUACACAGCCCAUCUGAUGGUCAACAUUCUUGCUGUGGUUCCUGUAUAAAUGUCUCAUGUCCUUUUUAUACUGAUAAUGGAACUCUUGAGAUUUAUGAAGAAGGAAGCACAUGGGACUCAAACUGCACUAAAUAUGAAUGUGCAAAGAUUGGAGCAGAGACAGUGGUACUUGGCUCCAGUGUGUUUUGCCCACCCUUUAAUGAGACUGAUUGUGUAAAGAAUGGAGGCUCUGUGCAGACCUAUCACAAUGGCUGCUGCAAGAUCUGUAAAAGAGAUGAAAGGAUUUGCCAGAAAAUAAUGGUCAGAACUACUGUAAGAAAAGAAGACUGCAUAAGCCAAAGUCCUAUAAGUGUGGCUUCCUGUGAUGGAAAAUGCCCCUCUGCUACAAUUUUUAAUGUCAACAUUGAUAGCCAUUUAAGGUUCUGCAAAUGCUGCCGUGAAAAUGGAGUUCAGAAUCGAACUGUGCCACUUUACUGCUCUGGAAAUGGCACUGAAAUUCUAUAUGUCAUGCAGGAACCUACGGACUGUUCAUGCCAGUGGAAUUAA